UCUCACGUAUAGUGCGCAUUUAUCAAAAUAUAAACAAAGAAAAGUUUUUCGGAAAUUUCUUUUAAUAUGUCAGAUAAAAUUAAUUCUUUAAUUACAAAUAUUCCACCACCCACUGAACUACCAACAUUUGUAUUGCAAAAUCAAUCAAAUACAGCUGAGAAAGAGAUUGAGUCACCACCUUCUAAAGAAAAGUUCAAUCCUGUGAUUCCGAUUGAGAAGAACUUCACAGUUCCCACUCCAACAAGCACAGCAAGUGCUGAAACACCCCCAACUCCUGAUGACCCGAAAAAUGAAGAGCAAAAACCAACACAAGAAGAUAUAGCUCAAGUUUUCCUGCCAUUAACAGAUGGAGUUAAAAAUUCAGUUAUUUUCGGGUGGAUGAAAGAUACUGUGAAAAGUGGAUUGAAAAGUGGCAUGCAGAUAACGAAAGAAUCGAUUGAUAAAGUUGUGACAACACUUGAUCCUCAGAUGGCACAAUUAAUUUAUUCUGGUGGAAAUACUGAAAUUGUUGUUGCUUCUUCUAAUGAUGACAAGAUAACGUCAGUGCGUGAAGCUUUUCAAGAAAUUUUCGGUCGAGCAACUGUAUACGGUCAUAAAAGUCAUGCAAAAACGAUAGCAAAUCAACCUGUCGGCUUUGAAAAUGCAGAAUUGGCUGCUAAGGAAAGAAUCAACUGCGUGAGAACGAACGAAGCAUUUGUUGACAAAGUUAUCGUCUCAGUUGAAAACUUUAUUGUGGAAAUCUAUAAGAAUCAAUGGUUCGAUCUUGGCUUGAUCAUGUUGUCUGAUCCUAUUUCUGAUGUGACGUUGAAGGUAUUUACACAAAUGACUUACAUUCCAUUGUCGGUCAUAAUUUCUUUGGAAAGUGAAACUGAUAAAAACUACGAGAAGAAAGAAACAGGAUACGCAACAACUGUUGGGGCUGCUAUGGGUCGAGAACUUAAUACACCCCAUUACGAUUGGCAUAAAACUUACACCUCGAUAGAUCGUUUUGACAUGAUUAAAGACGCUGCGAAAUCAUUGGCUUCGAUUUACAAACGAGAACUUUCUGCAAAAGCCCAGAAAAAAAUACAAAAAGAUGUAGACCAAGAAAAGGAAGAAGAAAAAUAAUUUUAUGAAUAUCAAAUAUUAAAUAUCAAAUAUCCUUUAACUUUAAAAUUGAAAUUGUAUUUUUAUAUCAUCUUAUUUGAAUUUAAAGCCUCGAAAAAUUGUUGAAAAUGUUUACUUCUGUAUGAAAUUAAGUAGAUAAUGAAAGUUUUUUGUCUGAGAAAU